ACACAUGUUUGUAAUUUUAUCUAUUUUACGUCUUGUUUAGGUCUCGGCUGAACCAAAUACGCACACUAAUUAAGCAUCUCUAUACUCUGCUUAGAUUCUUCAAAACCCACAAAUAAUAUACCAGAAAUUGUAUACAUAAACACAGAUAUAGGGACAGAAUGAAUGUGAGUUUGGAAGGAGAAGAGAAACUGAUACUAGUACCAUACAUGAAAGAACAUGUCCCAAAGUACCAUCAAUGGAUGAAAGACCCGACCCUUUUAGCUGCUACCGGGUCGGAGCCCCUCACUCUUGAUCAAGAGUAUGAGAUGCACCAGUCAUGGACCCAUGACCCAUCUAAGCACACUUUCAUUGUUUUGGAUAAAGAUUUGAUCUUGCCACAAUUUGUUCAUGGGCAAGCCCAUGUUGAAGCUAUGGUUGGUGAUGUUAAUAUCUACAUGAAUGACUUGGAGGAUUCUCGUAUAGCAGAGAUAGAAAUAAUGAUUGCUGAACCCAAAAGUCGUGGCAAAGGACUUGGGAAGAAAUCAGUUUUGAUGAUGAUGGUGUUUGCAGUUGAAAAGUUUUGCAUUCACACUUUUCGUGUUAAAAUUGGAGAAUCAAAUGAAGCUUCCCUCAGAUUAUUCCGAAAAUUGGGAUUUGUGGAUGCUUCUUAUAGCAAAAUUUUCCAAGAGGUAACAUUGGAGUUAGUUAUAACAAAGCUAAAGAUGGAGGAGCUGCACCUGCUAGCUGGGACAACCAAAAAAAGACGUAGAGAGUAUGUUCCGGGAGAAAAACUCGGACCUCGGAGUCAGAGGUACAUAAACACAAGUGUCAGGCAUAUGGAAACACGUAUAUUAGGCACGGAAGCUGCAACUGCAAGUGAUGUUCCAGAUGUUGUGACUGGGAAUGGUGUCUAGAAGCAGACCAGAAGCUAUCCUCCGGCUUACGCGUUGAACUGGAGAAAGGACUGCUCAAUUAUUGUCUUGUGGUGACUCCGCAUUGUAGGCCUAAACUAACCCCAAUUUGUUGCAUCCUUAUUUGCCCACCUGCUUCCACACGUUUUUCUACUCUUCUUUCUGUCGUUUUAUAUCGGUUAUAAACGAGAAUCGAGAUCUCGAUUUUAUGCGAUGUGUUUAUCGACUUGGCCAUGAAUUUUCAGGAUUUUUAUUGACAUCUUUUUGGAA